CACACAUUAGAGAAACAAACAAUGAAGGUUGCUAUGUUUCAAUUCCUCCCAAUAUGUUUCCUUCUAUUGGCCUUCAACACACAACCACUACUAGGAGCUGAACCAGAACCAGUGGUUGACAAGCAAGGUGAGCCACUACGACCAGGAGUAGGGUACUAUGUGUGGCCACUAUGGGCUGAUGAUGGUGGCCUUACACUUGGCCAAACAAGGAACAAGACAUGCCCUCUUGAUGUUAUUCGUGACCCUUCAUUCAUUGGCUCGCCAGUGGCAUUUUUUGCACCAGGAUUUGAUGUUAUUCCAACUCUCACUGAUCUUACCAUUGAUUUUCGUGUGAGUACCAUUUGCAACCAGCCAACAGUGUGGAAGCUUAGUAAGGUUGGAUCAGGGUUUUGGUUCUUGAGUACCAAUGGUGACCCUCAAGAAAUCAUAAGCAAAUUCAAGAUUGAGAGGCUGGAAGGGGACCAUGCUUUUGAGAUUUAUAGCUUCAAGUUCUGUCCUAGUGUGCCUGGUGUUCUGUGUGCUCCUGUGGGAACCUUCGUGGAUGCUGAUGGAACCAAAGUUAUGGCUAUUGGUGAUAAUAUUGAAACAUACUAUGUGAGGUUCCAGAAAGUUUCCACCUAUUCUCCGGAGAAGAAACAAGCUUUCAGCAAUAUGUAGUUCGGUAGUUUUUGUUUCGAAUGUAGUUAGAUGGGUCAUAAUAAGCCAGAAAACUGCAACUCUUUUGUGGUGUGGUGUGUCCAUGUGAGAAAGAAUCAGGAGAUGUUUUCUUUUCCUGUUUCACAUGGCUAGAAAGUCUCUAUCUUUGUUCUAAGC